UUUCCCAGCGUGCCUCAGGACUCAAGGACCGCAUUUCCCAGAAUGUCAGGAGUUCCGUCCAUGAGCGGGAGCUGCGGUAGCCAAGGCUGAGCGGAAGCCGAUGCUGAGUGGGCAGCUGGUCGGGCGCCUGUUCUCCAUGGCCGGCCGCGUCUGUCUGUCCCGGGGCCGCGCGGGAUUGGCGACCGUCGGUCCCGUCGAGGCCGCCAUUCGCACGAAGUUGGAGCAGGCCCUGAACCCCGAGGUGCUGGAGCUACGCAACGAGAGCGGUGGCCACGCUGUCCCACCAGGCAGUGAAACGCAUUUCCGCGUGGCCGUAGUGAGCUCUCGCUUCGAGGGACUGAGUCCCCUGCAAAGGCAUCGGCUGGUCCACGCUGCGCUAUCCGAGGAGCUGGCUGGGCCGGUCCAUGCGCUGGCCAUACAGGCGCGGACCCCAGCCCAGUGGAGGGAGAACCCUGAACUGGACACGAGCCCCCCCUGCCUGGGUGGGAGCAAGAAAACUCGAGGAACUCCCUGAAGCCCCAAAGAGGGGGAGGACUAGGAUCCGAAUGGGUUGGGUGAGAAUAAACUACUGGGGUCUGCUUCCCCUCAAUACAGUCGUAUUUGUAAGGGGUGAGGACCCCUGGGCCAUUCUACUAGCGCAUCCAUAUUCUCUGGAGAUAGUAACCCAUUUUAGAUCAAAGCUAACCCAAGGAAAGAAUAGAAUUACUGACUACUGCUCUUGCCCUGAACUAUUCAGGAAAAGCUGCCCAGUUUCAUGUUAAAUUGUGACUAAGGAAUCACCAGACCUGAUGACUUGGAAAUAAUCCUGUACAUUAAAAGAUAAAUUAUCA